GAUAAUGGACUCUUCCUUACACUGCCAUGUUGGAUGGAACUGGCUCCGGGCUCUCUGGCGGCCGGACUUCCCAGGAAAGUUUUUACCGUUCUCCGUCUGCGCUCAGUCCUAGCAGAUUUGACCUUAUUUUAAAGAGGAGCGGGACGUCACAUUGCAUUCCUAAACGCCAUACAUUUUGUGGCGCCCCAGUCUUGUGGACCCCCGGAAUAAACCGAACCGGUGUGAGGGGGUCGCAGUAAGGCCACGGAUGACCGAGGGAUUGUUUAUGUAUCUUUUUGGAUCUCAUAACGAGUUACAGUCGGUGCAUACUUUAUCAACUGAUCACCAAUAAUGAGUGGACACCCGCCGCAACGGCGGCAAACAAAUGUCGGGUCGAUGCUACUGACACCGCAGGAAAAUGAAUGCCUUUUCAACUACCUUGGCAGGAAAUGCAUCACAUUGUCUUCAGCAGUGGUCCAGGUGUUCACAGCAGAUAGGAACAACAGCUGGAGCAAGAGAUGCUGUGGUGUGGCCUGUCUGGUCAAAGACAACCCCCAGCGAUCCUACUUCAUCAGGGUCUUUGACAUCAGGGACGGUAAGAUGAUGUUUGAACAGGAGCUGUACAACAACUUCAGCAUCUACCUCCCCAGACCGUACUUCAUCACAUUUGUUGGAGAUACAUGCCAAGUGGGUCUGAAUUUUGCCAGUGAGGAGGAGACGAAGCGUUUUCGUGGUCAUGUGACAGAGCUAAUGGGGAGACGACAGAGGAAAUCUGAGAAAAGACGCGACCCUCCAAAUGGCCCGGCACUUCCCAUGGCUACUGUGGACAUUAAAAACCCAGAGAUCAGCAAUGUUCAGCGCUACCACAACAACUCUCAGGUGAACAACAUCGUGCACUCCUCCUUCCCCAAGAGGGAGAAAAAGGGCAAGGGCAAGAAGAAGAGGUUAACCAAGGCGGACAUCGGCACACCGAGCAACUUCCAGCACAUUGGGCAUGUAGGAUGGGAUCCAAAUACAGGAUUUGAUUUAAAUAACUUGGACCCAGAGCUUAAGAACCUGUUUGAUUUGUGUGGCAUCUCUGAGGCUCAGCUGAAGGACAAGGAGACCUCUAAGGUCAUCUACGACUUCAUUGAGAAGAAAGGAGGCGUAGAAGCGGUCAAAAAUGAGCUACGGAGACAAGCUCCUCCACCCCCUCCAUCCAGAGGCGGCCCCCCUCCCCCACCCCCACACCACGGCUCAGCCUCUGCCCCUCCUCCCCCUCCUCCAGCCCGUGGGCGAGGUGCCCCGCCACCACCUCCCCCUUCCAGAGCGCCCAUCUCUGCGCCCCCUCCUCCUCCUCCAUGUCGACCAGGCAUGUCCGCUCCACCGCCUCCUCCCCCACCCAGCCGAGGUGUCCUCCCGCCUCCCCCUCCACCAGCCCAUGCCUCAAUUCCAGUGGCACCUCCCCCACCCCCUCCUCCCCCCUCAUCCUCAGCUCCAUCCAGUACUGGCGGACCACCUCCUCCCCCUCCUCCUCCUCCUCCGCCUCCUGGCCCUCCACCCCCUGCUCCUCCACUGCCCUCGGAGACUAACGGAGGGGACAGCGGGAAGUCAGCACUGCUGAGUCAGAUCAGAGAAGGCACCGCACUGAAGAAGGUGGAGCAGAGGGAGAGGCCGGUGUCCAGCACCGGCAGAGACGCACUUCUGGACCAAAUCCGACAAGGAAUCCAGCUUAAAUCGAGGGACGACAAUGCCGAUUCGGCUCCUCCCACUCCGGCCCCAUCGGCAGGCAUCGUUGGGGCCCUGAUGGAAGUGAUGCAGAAACGGAGCAGAGCUAUUCACUCUUCAGAUGAGGAUGAUGACGAUGAUGAGGAGGAGGACUUUGAGGAUGAAGAUGAAUGGGAAGACUAGUGAUAUUUUGUUUCUUUUAGAAAAAAAAAAAAAAAAUCCCCCUUCCCCGAACCCCUGGAUGAUUCUGACACUAAAAUUGUUCUUGUCUUUCUAAAAAGAAAUCUUUAAUUUCAAAAUUUAUAAAUGUAAAUGUUCUAUCAAUUUGCUGUAUAUUUUUGUUGCCUUUAUGCUUUUUUUAUUAAUCUGUGCAAUACCUCAUUUAAUCUGUAAAUGUUUGUCAUUUUCAUAUCUUAGGUUGUUUCUUUAUCUCUGUCAUGUCUGUCUCUGUCGGCUCCAUCUCUGUGUCUUGAUAGCGAUAUGUCAUAUGUUCUGCCUUUUUCCCAUCUCUAUGCACCUCUCCCUCUCCUUGCCCACAUCCCCAUCUCUCUUAUGUCUAUCAGCUACACCUGUUACUCAGCCAUCCUUCAUAUCUGCUGUCUCCCAUCAUACCAUCACACAUGUUCACUCCCUGUAACUCUCUUGUGUUCCUUCACCCCCCAGAUUGACAUGCGCAAUUUUACAUCAAGUUGUCAUUUGAACCUUAGAGUUGAAUGUUUCUUUCAUUUUGUUUUCUUUCGGUCAGUGAUUGAAGAGGGAGGGCUAUGGAACAUGUUUCCACAAAUCCUUCAUCAGUCGUCGUGUCAUUGUUCGUGAGGAGGAGAAAAAAAAAAAAGAACUAUUUUCAUACCCGAUUGCUCUCUAGUUUAUUUUUACUUAUUAAAAUGAUCGUAGUUUAGCACUCAUAUUUUCUUAAAACAAAUAAGAAAAAAGGAAGAUGCUCUUUUUGGAAUAUUUAGCUUCAUUUGCUGUCAACUGUAAAUUUGCUCCAGAGUUUUGAGUCUUGUUAUAUUUUUGCACAGAUUGAAAGAGGAGACUUGCUUCUUGAAUACAGGACAUUUUCAGGUCUCUGUCAUUAAUGAUCAUACAUAUGCUUUAAGUAAUGAUACAAAAAUACACUUGGCCAUUAAGCAUUUUUAACUGUUAACCCACAAGACUACAUACUGUACACACAUGGAGGUGGCCUACAGCAUUGUGGCUGGCUAUGGCUGAAUUUUAGUUCUUUUUUGUCACUGUCACACUACAGAUUCAAUUGAAAUUGUGUUUUUUUUUUUAACUUUUUCUUUACAGUAGCAAACAGAGUAUUAAUAAAUCACUGUUGCAAUCAAGUUGUUCAUCAUGUAAAGCUUGAGGAAUAAAAACAUUUAGGCUUUACACACUUGAUACUUAUAUUGGGUCCAUAUGCUAAGUUACUGUACAGAUACAGCAGGGCCAAAGUAGCGGUCCUCUUGUUGUAGACAUUAAGUGCUGACGCAGUAUAGGAAAAACGCUAGAUUCAUGGCAUUAUCCAAACAAGUAUCAAUAUUUUUUGGCUUAGUACAAAAUCAUCUUAUAGGAAUUGAACAGUGGUCAAUUAUUCCCUGCAAAGACCAAACAGUCAGAGGUGGACAUGUCCAAACUGAAUACAUUUUCCCAGUAAUUCCUGCUAUGUGUUUAUUUAAUGAUGGACAAUUGCAAUGGCAGUACUUGUUCCAGUGUGGUAAAACUAUCCAAUGUUGUUAUAAAGAAAAAAAAAAAUGGUGGAGACUAUGUAUUUAUGCAUUGCUUAAUAACCAACCAGAGUAGACGUGUCUCUCAACAACAGCUACGUUAGCCACAUGUGAUACUGGAAAAAUUGUAAAUGCUAUGCCUAAUAUAAAAGUAGUACAAAUGGAUAAAAACCAUGUCUAUCAUAAAGCUAAUAUCUAUUUAAAAUUUGCUAACAUUAGCUAGAAUAUGCUAACUGGUCAUACCAGACCAAAAAAUGACUGUAGCUGUAUUGAAUUGAGCAAGAGAGUGUUUUAUUAAUAAUUAAUUCAGUUUUUAAUUUGUAUAAGGAAGAUUAUGUCAUUUUUCUAUCCAAAGUUACAGUCUACCUUUAACUCUUUGCGCAGAAGAGCAGCGAAGUUGCUAACUGCUUACACUUUACAUUAAGUGUCAAAGAAAUAUGGCAGCCAUGUGAAUUCUAGAGUAGUUCUUGAAUAGUUUUUGGGUUUUGGUAUACAAGUAACUAACAUACUUUGCAAGCUAAUUACCUGCCUAAGACCUAAGAAUUUAGUAUUUACAGUAGCUGAACAAAGGAUACUAAUUGUGUACAUACUAAUAAGCAACAUGCUGAAAUUGCUAACGUGUUGUGGGAAAUUAAAUAGGAGUGCUAAUAAUGAAACAUUUUUACCACAGUGUAGCAAAUAUCCAUCAAAAAUCUACAGUGACGUCAAGAUAUUUUGAAACUCCUUUGUUUGUCUUUGUCCUCUUUUAAUGUUGUCUUUGAGAGACAAAUUGCCACUUGUUUGAUGUAAGAACUGACUUCAUUUAUCAAAUAUCAAAAUACUUUUUGGGAAACACCUAGCCAUGAUUUCACUGAUGUUAGCUUCUGUAGGUAACUCGGUUAAUAAAAUGUUAUGGACACCAAGCCUUUUCAGUAAGGCUUGACAAAUAAACUCUUACAUUGUACACUCCAAUAAAAGGUUGAUAUUUA